GAAUAUGAUGGAUUUCCAGUGACGAGAGUGUCUGAUACGAGCCAAUACUAAAAUUACACGCCGUUGAGACACACCAUGCCGCAGCCAAUAAUACCAGUUUCCCAAGGCUGACGAACCGCGUGUUCUCUCGUAGCUGACUUAGACACUCACACACUCGGAUUAACACCCCAUAGCCAAACAGAACAGAACAACGGCGAGAUAUCGACUUGGUAACCUUUCCAAAAUGCAAUAAUACAGCCAAACUAUACAUCUACCACAUCUCAACAACCCGGGACCUGCACCCCGUGCGAAUCUGUAACUAUCUCGCCUUCAAUCAUGGGUCGCUCACUCGAUCUGGUCAAGACCCUCGCCAUCCCCGCCGUCAUCUCUCUCAGCCUGUACCUCCUCUUCGGCUACCUCAUCAUCCCAUUCUUCCGACGUUACCACCAACGAUACGCCCAAUAUCUGCCGCUCAACAGCAUAUCGGCACACACGAGCACGCUCCGCGAACGAAUAGCGGAUUCCCUAAUGCACUUUUUUCUGCCGUCAACAUGGCGGUUGCGACUCCGUAGGGGCGGCGGAGAGGAUAAUAAUGAUGCGAUUAGCAUUUUCGAUGAGGAAGGGGAGCAUAUGGCAGCUAUGGAUAUUGAUGCAGCGCGCAGAGAGGCGUUGGAGGCGAGGAGGAGUGCGAGCGAGGCGCAGAUGCGGCUGAGUAGGGAUUUGGAAGAGGGGUUUAUGGAUGAUAGUGAGGAAGAGGGGACAGAUCAUAGGAGGUGAUGUUAAGAGUACAUAUGUAGUUGUGGUCAGGCACUGUUCGGCGUUGGCUCGGCGUUGGCAUUGGGUGUUUGGUUUAAGUUCGUACAUGUAGAUAUUUGGUUCGUUAUUGUACAA